AUGCAGAACAUAUCUCAAGAGCAAAGCUAUCGUACACGUAUUGAGGAUGAGUUCAGGGACCUCUUAGCUUCGAAAUGGACGCGCCGGGUUGCAUGCCAAAACGAAUGCUGGCCCCCAAACUCGUGCAGCUGCCGGCGCACAAUCGUCCACGUACAUGCGCUAGAGGCAUGGUGGAAGAAACCAGCCUCAGAGGGUGCCAAACAAACCAAAGCCCACCGGUUUCUAGAAGAAAUGCGACUGCCGCCUCACCUAGUUUUUCCGCUCAAUUAUCAGGAAAUCUUGACCGGUGAACAGUCCUGUCUUCGUGUCCUCAGCCUGCUCAUUACCCAGGGUCGUGGUCAUCUUAUCGACCGCUUUUACUACGCCGACAUGAACGACAGAUAUCUUGUGCGCAGCGCAAGUGACACAAACCUCCGUGAGAGUCUACUCGGAAUCAAAACUCUACAACCGAAGGAUGUGGACGUCAUUGUGGAAGAAUUCCACAGAGACAAAUGGGCAUACUGUCCCAUGAACUUGACCUUGUACAUGCAUGCUAACCUACAUGAAACAAAGGUCAUACCGCCCUUUUGUGUGAAGAUCAGACUCACAGAUAAAGGAGGUACUGCAUCUAUAUAUUGGGUAGCGGUGCAAAAGGACCUCAUCUCGGACGAUGCACUCGCCUAUGCUUUGCGGAAUUCAGUCUACUACGAUGAAGAUUUUGGCGAGUGCUAUUGCAUGGUUCUCAAGUCAUUCUGCGGCAAUAAGAAGCACGAUUUUGAACUGGAGAAGCAGGCUUUUUCCGGCCUGCACUCAAGGGAAGACGUGCCCAUAGUGCAAUACUUGGGCUCUUAUACUCACGACUAUGGUGAAGGCGAAGAAAUGGGAAAGACUUACAACCUACUAUUGGAAGCUGGCGAUCGCGAUCUUUACCAGUCAUGGGCAGAUGAAACCAAUGUUCCCCCCGUGCGAGCACAAGAAAUUCUGCGAACAUGGAACUCAAUAUUCGAGGUUGCCAAGGCUAUUCGGCAUGUACACCAUCCCGUGCUCCGUCGAGGUGGUAGGAGGCCGUGGAAGUUCAAUGGCUGGCACGCAGAUAUCAAGCCGGAUAACAUUCUCAGCAUACGCGGAAAGCUGAAACUAGCGGAUUUUGGGUUCUCAAGUUUCGCGCCAGUACUCGAAGGGGAACAUGGCUCAGUUGUAACAAAACGAAUUAGGGGGUUCACGGAUACGUACGGCGCACCUGAGUUGUAUCGCAUGAAAAAUCCUGAUGGAACGCUUUCCGGGGUCUCACAGACGAUCGAUAUUUGGUCUUUCGGGUGUGUGUUAUCAGUUACAGCAACUUGGAUUGUUUUAGGAUUUCAAGGAGUGCGGCAAUAUGAGCUGCUUCGGCAGUCGUCACCUGCAAACCGCAAAGACGGAAACCCCCACGACCGGUUCCACGACGGUUCAGAUGUUCUUCCGGAGAUAAGGCAGUGGCACAACUUUCUGCGGGGACACCUGCGCCAUUCAGAUACCACAACAGGUGAGGUAUUGACCUUGAUAGAGAACAACUUGCUUAAAGCGAGCCCAACGGAGAGGCCUGACUCAGAAGAGCUCUGCAAGAUGCUAGAACAUGUUCAAAAUGUGGCAGAAUCCCAAAUCGCCAGUCUUCAAAAGCACUCCAGGGAUGCCGACGAUAUGGUUCUCAAAGCACUUGCCGAGAUGGAAGAGAGAGCUCAAACCCAAAAGUCUCAAGACACAAAGGCGGACUCAAAACUUCUGCAGCUAGCAAUACCACCAGGGGGCAUCAGCCAAGCCAACCCUCGAAAGCGGGCGUCAAUGCAAUCUCAGAAAAAGGAAAUUAUCAAGAGCAAGCCCCUAGGUCAAACGGCGUACCGCAAGGAAACAAUCAAACAAGAGCUAGGAACGGGCGACCCUGGUCCUUCUGCUACCAAUCCAGGGCCCCAAGGGCAUUCUAGAUCUAUUGAGCAGACUGUGCCCACUCUACCUUCGCUGACGCAUAUGUCGAGUGUGCAGCAAUAUUCCCAUGCACCCCGUCCUUACACACCCGAAUCCAUGGCUACAGAGUACAAUACACAUUUGAAACAACAUGCCAAGAGACUCACGAUUCCGCAAAGCAACAUUCCAACAGUCGAAGUUUCCGCUCCUGAAGGAUAUAUCUCUGAUGACGGGCAUAUGGAUGAGCCACUCAGUGCUGCGACAGACCCGAUAAGCAUCGGUACAAGCUCUGAUACAACUACCCAGCUGGAGCCUGUCGACUAUAGAAUGACAAGAAGCUUUAUAGGAUCUUAUUCAGACAGGUUUCCUCGUGAGGAGCAAUCUAUGGGGAGUCCGCGCUCGGCUGUGCCACUCGAAUCCAUAGAUGACAUGGAAUCUAUUCUGCCGCCUGUACUGGACUUGAAAUACGACAUCUGCCAACGGAGAAGAAUCCUUGAUAAAGAAAAGUCAAGAGGACUUAUCAAGAAGAUGAGCAGCAAGAUGGGCAUGGAGACGAGAGCACGUGAUGACAGUCUUGAAGAAACGUUCAUCGACCAUCGUGAGCUGGUAUUCGUCAUCGACAAUGGCUGGACAAUGUUCGAUCACUGGCCCAUUUUGACCUUUGUCGCUGAAACGCUCGCCCUGAAUGUUGCAGGCGUCGACAGAAACGGUAUCGACAUCCGGUUCACAGUUGACGGAGACACGCAUGACAGACAGCGCCUCAAAGGCGAUUCCGGCCGGCAGAAACUAAAGAAGGCUCUGAAAGCCGCAUGGCCUGAGCCAAAUCAAAAGGACAACGCAACCACAAAUAUGUCAUCGAUUUUCAACAGCAUCUACAAAGAAUGGAAGCGCAACGGCAAGCGAGCCAUGACUCUGUACGUCUUCACAGACGGAGAAUGGACCAAUGCGAACCCCUCAGCCAUCCACGCCACCAUCCUCGACUUUGCCAAACACGACAAGAAGAAGACUGGCAACCGCCACUUCAGCAUCCAAUUCAUCCGCUUCGGCGAAAACGAGCUCGCGAAACAGAACCUAGAGUAUCUCGACGACACGCUCUGCACGAAGCACAACCUCCGCGACAUCAUCGACCACUGUUCGUGGCGCGCGCCCGUCGCCAAAAUCCUCAAGGGAAGCAUCGAGGGCGUGCGCGACCAGCACAGAGAUGACGAGCCGGCUGUUGAAUACGAGUACGCGGCUCUCGUAGAGAGAUUCCGCAGUUUCAACACGGGCGCAACGGAUGUGAAGAAUGGAGAGCCUACUACCGCGUCGGCGCUAGGUCUCACGCUUUCACCAUCGCUGUCUCGCUCGCCGUCGAGAAUUUCCAGUCGCUCGUCUACGAGCACGGCGAGGAAGAGAGAGUCUUUUCACGUCGAGACGGUGAGAUCUCGAUCUAAGCGCUUUUCUGGACCGGCGUUUUCUAUGCCUUGAAGAUUUCGUUUCCACCUCUCCUCCGCGUUUUGCCAUUCAAGUAUAGCUGUUGUGUUUUGCGACAGUUUUGUGUACGGCACUACAGUCUUUCUCUCUUUUUCUCUCUUUCUCUUUCUCUUUCUGUCUACUUUUUUCUUUUCCUUGUUUUCUCUCUAUCUUAUCUUAUGCUACCUC